AUGCCGCAGCAGGGAAUGCAUGGGACCAGGCAAUCUGUUACAGAUAAGCAUCCUGAAGAAGAUGAAGUUGACUCCGUUCUCCUUUCAGCAUCCAGGAUCCUAAAUUCCUCUGAUGAUGUAAAAGGAAGAGGUGGCCCUGAACCAGAAUAUGGCUGCAUAUCAGAACCAGAAAAUCAAAUGCAAUCACAAUCAGCACUGAAAGUCCUUCAGCAUCAGCUGGAAUCAUUUCAGGCUCUGCGAAUACAGACUCUGCAGAAUGUUAGCAUGGUACAGUCUGAAAUCAGUGAAAUAUUGAACAAAAGUAUUAUUGAAGUAGAAAACCCACAAUUUAGUUCAGAAAAAAAUUUGGUAUUCAGCACCCAUGCUGAAAAGAAUUUGCCUGUAGAGAAGCAAGAACAAAUCCUUUCUAUGGAGAAAAUCAAUCACUUUAAGGAUUCCAAGGGUCUUCAUUCAAUGGAAGAGAAUGUCAGUAGUAACGAUUACAGUCUCUCUCACUGCACAAAUGUCUCACCACAGACACAUUUCAAGGACAAGUUAAUUCUUGAGAAUUCAAGAAUGUCAACAGAUAAUACAGCUUCCAACAAAAUUAUGAAUGCUUCAGAAGAUUCUGACAUGUUGAAGAAUUAUAAUCUUAAUCAUUUUCUACCAGCAGUUACUCAAAAUGUGAUGCCUCAAGGUGGCCCUAUAAUUCUAGAUAAGUCCACAAUUCAUGAACCUUUUCUGAAGCAUGGAUUUUGUAAAACCUUAGAUGAUAUUUGCCACGCUAUUAAACACAUGAAGGAAGAACUUCAAAGGUCACAUGACAGGGAACUGGCACUUACAAAUGAACUUCACACUUUAAAAACUAAUACAGAUAGUCAAAGUAAUAUCAAAUAUGAUCCAACCCCCACAGAUAAUGCAACAAUUAACUUUAUUAAGGAAGAAAACAUGGAAGUUAACUUAAAUGAAGACAUAAAAUCAAAGAGAAUUUCUGAAUUAGAGGCAUUAGUAAGCAAAUUACUCCCACUCAGGGAAACGGUGGCAAAAUUCCAUGUAAAUUUUUGUAGAAAAUGUAAAAAAUUAUCACAGAGUGAAAUAUACCGUGGAAAAAAGAAUGAAAAAAGCAAUAAAGAUAUUCCUAUCACCAGUAAGAAUAUUACAGACUUAAAAUUCCAUUCCAGGGUUCCAAGGCACCACAGCCUAUCCUUCCUUGAACACACAAAACAUGAACUGAAAGAUAAAGAAGGGCAACUACUUCCAGGAAACCAUAGACCAUUAAUAUAUGAAAAUGAGAAAGCCCCCAAAGUCAAUUCUGUAACUGAGCAGUGUGUUGCAAAAAUUCAUUACUUACAGAAUUACUUAAAAGAAUCCAUGCAGAUUCAGAAAAAAGUAGCCCAACUGGAGAAUGAAAACUUAACCCUGAAGACCAAAAUGAAACCACUUAUCUUCACCACACAAUCUCUGAUACAGAAACUUGAAACAUAUGAAAAGGAACUUAAGAACCUGAUUGAAGAAAAGAGCACUAUUCAGUCCAAGUUAACUAAAACAGAAGAUGACAACAAAGAGUGCCUUAGAGAACUAAAGAAAGUAAUUGGUAAGUAUAAUGUUCUCCAACACCAAAACAAAAUGCUAGAGGAAAAGAAUAGACAACUUUCUUUGGAGAAGGAACAAAUGAUAGAGGUAUUAGAUCAACUAAAAGGCAAGGAACACAAAACUCAGAAUGAUAUGGCCAUCGUCAGUAAUGAAAACAACAGGAUGAAUAUAGAAAUAGAAACAAUGAAAACUAACAUUCUGUUGAUACGAGAUGAAAAGGAAAUGUUAGAGAAAAACACAUACAAGUUCCUAAAGGAUAAAAGUGCACUUGAAAAUGAGUUGAAAGAAAACCAACUGGAGAUCAUGCAGCUGAGAGAGAAAGAAAGACUGGCAAAGAAUGAUCAAGAGUCACUUCUUCAAAUACUGGAAACAGUGAAAAAUGAAAAGCUGAAUCUGGAAACAACAUUACAAGAGUCUACCACUGCCCGACAGAGGAUAGAGAGAGAACUUGAAAAUAUUCAAAACUAUCAAUCUACUGCAGAGAAGAACUUCCUGAAAGAAAUUAAAAAUGCCAAAUCAGAAGCAAGUAUUUAUAAAAAUAGCUUGUCAGAAAUCAGCAAGGAAUGUGAAAUGUUGUCAAAAAUGGUCAUGGAAAUUAAGGCAGAUAAUCAGAUUCUAAAAGAAGAACUAAAAAAGCAUAGUCAAGAAAACACAAAAUUUGAAAACAGCAUCAGUAGACUCACUGAAGACAAAAUACUCUUAGAAAACUAUGUAAGAAGUAUAGAAAAUGAAAGGGAUACCUUGGAAUUUGAGAUGCGGAACCUUCAGCGAGAAUAUUUGAGUUUAAGUGAUAAAAUCUGCAGUCAGAACAAAGAUCUAUCAAAAAUGUCUUACAUUUCAAGAAGAGAGAAAUCCUAUUUUGACAACUAUGGUGCCUAUGAAGACACUUCCAGCCUUCAGAGCAGGCCCUUAGCUCCUGAUGUGAAAGGAAUUCCAAGCAAACUGUGCCAGUUACUUCCACCCAAGAUAUGUAAAUAA